AGCUGUGCAUACAAUGGGUCUGUCGUUCACUACCAGAUCCAACGGAUUGGCGCCGAACCUGUGUUCCGGUUGAACGACAAAGUGGUUUACGGUUUGGAUUCACUGGUGAAACGCUUGCGGGAAUUGAAUCAAACCAAUGAGAGUACUGUUAUUCUUAAAACUCAUUGCCAGAGAGACUGUCCACCGAUUGACUCGCUAUGCAAUGGCAAGAGUUGUCUAUUGCAUCGGGCGGUCACACAUGGAGAUCACCGUUUGGUGACCGAAAUAUUGAGUUCUGGCGACAAACAAAAUCUGGAAGUGAAGGACAGUAGGGGACGAACAGCUCUACAUUUAGCCAUCGAUUUGGACGAAACAUCAAUUCACCGGCAAAUAGUGGAGCACUUGAUUACUGCCGGCGCUAAUGUCAACUGCAAAGACUUUGAAUCUAUAACUCCUUUGCAGUUAUGCGCAAAACUAAAUAAACCCAUUUUCGCCAAAUUAUUGCUAAUGGAUGGGAAGGCGACCACUUAUGACCGAAGUAUUGGUCAGAAUUGGGUGGCACUUCAUUUCGGGGCACACUUUGGCAAUGUGUCAGUCGUGAGUGUAUUGCUUGAAUCGGGUGCAGCCCCUCAGCCCAGAGAUACAGCCGAUGACAGGCCGGCAGAUAUAGCACUCAAAAUGAAUCACUUGGAGUGCAAAAAGUUAUGCGAUUUCUAUUCCGAUCGACCGCUCGAUCAUAACUUAUGUAGAGAUGAAUGGCUUUUGGAAAACAUAAGGAGUAGGAGUUGUGCCAAUCAAUUACUCCAGCGCUCAGGCAUGAGAGACGGCUCCUAUUUCGUGAGAAUUAGUCAAAACAAUUCAAACAAUUAUAUCCUAUCCAUGGCUCACAACCAACGAGUCUAUCAUUUUAAGAUUCAGACGCGAGAGAGCUUUUAUUUCAUCGACAGCGGCCCGUAUUGGCCGUCAUUAGAGCAUCUGAUUAGCUAUCAUAUGGUGAACAGCGAUGGCCUGCCCUCAGCACUCACUGCUCCGGUUUCAUCGUUUAUCAAUAUAUCGAUAAAUGAAAUGUUAAUUCCGGGCAAAACUCAAAACAAUAAGCAUUGGGAACGUAAUCGCGAUAUAGUGUGUAAUGAGAGCGAAGUGACGAUGAAAUCAAUUUUAUUCAUCAAUAAAAAGCACGUCAGAGUCGGUUCGCUGAUUGGGAUCGGAGAAUAUGGGGAUGUCUUCAAAGGCUUUUGGCAACGAUCUAAAAAUGAUAGGGUUUUAGUCGCUAUUAAAAUAGUGCGCCGACAGGGCCUUCACGUGAACCGCAAAACUGAUAACUUUGUCAAAGAGGUGGAAGUGAUGGCAAGUUUGAAACACCCAAACAUUAUCCGACUGUUAGGUGUGUGCGUUGGGCCGACAUUAAUGAUGAUACAAGAGUUGGCGCCAAUGGGAAGUGUUUUGGACUAUUUGAUGGAUAAGUCCAAUGAAGCGCAUAUCUGUCACGACAUCAAACUUUGGUCCAAACAGAUCGCUAUAGGGAUGAGGUAUUUAGAGCGCCAGCACUUUGUGCACAGAGAUCUCGCCGCCAGAAAUGUAUUGAUAUUCACGUCAAAGCAAAUCAAGAUUUCGGACUUUGGACUCUCACGGGCUCUGGGAAGAGAUCAGAGCACAUACAAGGCCUCCAAUUGGGACCGUUGGCCACUCAAAUGGUAUGCACCCGAGUCUCUCCAAUACGGCACUUUCACCCACGCGACUGAUGUCUGGUCUUAUGGGGUGGUGUUAUGGGAAAUGUAUAGUUUCGGCGCUCAGCCCUAUCCCGAUAUUGAUAGUCCACUUAUAAUUAGAUUUCUUGAAUCUGGGAAACGAUUAUCAAAGCCUAUUAUGUGUGCAGACAUUGUCUUUGCCUUAAUGUCUUUGUGCUGGUCUUAUGAGCCCAAGAAUAGGCCCACAUUUGAAGAAAUUGUUGAAUUAAUGUCCGCUAAUGACUCCGAAUAUGAAUCGAUUGAAAAUGAGCUCAAACUUAACGAUUGA